AGGCUAGAGCCAGGAAGAGGGUUUAACGAGCCUUGCGAAGGCAGUGCGGGAAGGACUAACUGGGCAAGGGGCCGGCCGCGGGCUGAGCGAUUGAGGAGGAGCCUCAGGGUACGGGCGGGGCCGGCGGGCGGGCUCAGCUAGGCGAGCUGGGCGAGGCCAGGGAUAACUGACGGGACUGGGGUAGGGCUGGAGAUGGUGGAACGCUAGACUACUACGUAGAGUCCAGAGGUGCGGGCACAAUGACUGUGCAAGGGGCCAGGGAAAGAUGACUGGCAGCUCGAGGACGGGGAAGGAGGGAGGAGACGAGGGACGUAGGUGAGUAGAGUGAGGCAGGUGGCGGGACCUAGAAAAACGGCCGCCUGUGGGGGGGGCCAAGAGGCCAUGAGUGACAGCCAGAGGGGUCGGCCUCAAACGUCUCCCCUGCAACUCUGCGAGGAAUUCCUCUUCCGGCUGAACAACGCGGGCUUCGCUCACUUCGUGCCCCAGGUGUGGUGGUGCAAAGAUAACAGACCUGCAGGAAGGAGGUUUCCAUCUUCCAGGCCACCACCGGUCCCGUCCCGUCCCAAUGAAAUCCAUCCGGGGGAGUCCACCUGCUCCUGAUCGCGCCACGGGAUCGUUCCUAGGGCCGGGAAACGCGCCACUAGCGACCGCUCCCGUGGUAGCCCUGGUUCGGCGUCGGUUCUGAGCCGGCCCUCCUGUCUACAGUUGCAGAAGCGCUUUCUGGACUGGUCCCUGCUGGAUCUGCGGGUCUUCGCACGACGUCCUCUGAGCCUGCGCUGCCGCCCGGGCACCUUCAUGCUGGCGCUGCCCGUCGCCUGAAGGCCGCAGUGUCCCGGAAUCACAGUGUCCCUGCUGGGAGUCAGCUUUCCAGCUGGUGGGCGGGAUCGGGCUCUGCUCUGUCCUGACCACGCCCCCUCUGUUUACCGGCCCCCCCCCCCCCCCCGCCCAACUGGCCCCAUCCCCUUAGUGCCUCGGUUGCCCUGCUCUUCCCUGGCCCACUCUUACACUCAGUCCCCGCCCCUAAGGAUAAGCCCCGCCUACUCCUACCUUCCGGUCUCCGACUACCCUAUAUCUUCUCCCCAGUCCCUGCACUUCUUGGCUUCGCCCCCUCCUAUCCCAGGCCUCCUCCCCAUGUUCAAAUGGCUCCAGGGGCUCCCCAGGGGCUGGGGAUACGGGUCCGCAACGCUUUGUCCGACACCUCUUCCUACUUUCGGCUUUGUGUCCUCCAUGAGGCCUAGCUCUUCCUCAGUAUCUCCUCUGGGCUGGGAGGCCAGAGGUGGGUCCUGCAUGAAGCCUGAAUGGGAGAGGAAGGGGUCGUACCAGCAGGAUGCUGAGAUUGUGUCUCAGGUCUUUGUGUCUGAGCAGAAACUCAGGGCCUCCCUGAAUCUGAUCAAGUGAGAGAGAGCUGCUCCUUUCUGUAUGGGUUCCUGCUGGGGGGUUGGAGCCGCAGGGCCGCCUGAAAGGGACAGAUCCCUCUCACCUCCUAUUCCUGCUGUUCCUGAAAUCUCAGCCUGCAUUCACAUGUAGGGCCCCUUGCCGUGAGUGGUGUGUAAUGCCUCAUCUGGAGCCCACCUUGUGCCCACCAAGGUUCCCACGGAAGACUCCUGCUCCUCGGCCCCAGGACACCUGAGUGACCUGCUUUAUGGGAGAGUCUGACUAUUUUCAGGUUCCAGACAUCAAGACGCUGCUGGGCAUCGCCCUCUACGCAGUGGUGCUGCCCUAUAUCAACCUUGAGCCGCCGGGGAGCCUGCCAUCACCCCAUCACCCUCAGCCCUGGGGCCGGCUUCCCAAACAGAUGUUCCUUGUCACAGCACUGCUCCACAUCUGGAGCCUGGCAUUCCCACAGAGAUGGGGGUGGGAGACGGUAGAGAAGAACAGAGGGUCAAGUUCUCCAGGGUCAAGUUCUCCCUUGGGAGGCCCUUGUAAUGGAUGGGGAAACUGAGGCCCAGAAAUGGAGCCACUUAGUCACGAGUGUGGCAGCAGUAAAGCCUACACAUUUGCCAGUCACCCCAAUGCAGACAGCACCCACCUGCCCCUGGAAAGAUCUGACAAGACUCAAGGUGUGUCCUCCCCAGGUUGCCUGAAGGAGGGCCUUACCUCAUCUUCUGUCCUUAGGGCUAAUCUUCAGGACACCCUGGACAGCAUCCAAGAGACCCGGGUCGCGUUCUGGCUUCCGCUGAGCCGCACGAUGUCCUUUAGAGCUGCCUGGAUCUUGGUGCUGAGGAAAGGAGGACUUGGAAUGAGAGGGAUCCACAGCCCGGGAGGCACUGCCCACGGCAAGGAGAAGAUGCCCCCCUACACCAACUACCAUGCCCAGCGCUCCUACCCCAUGCCCGAUGAGCCCUUCUGCACGGAGCUCAACGCAGAGCAGCAGGCCCUGAAGGAGAAGGAGAAGGGCAGCUGGACGCAGCUGAGCCACGCUGAGAAGGUGGCCUUGUACCGGCUCCAGUUCCAUGAGACCUUCACAGAGAUGAACCGUCGCUCCAACGAGUGGAAGACAGUGAUGGGCUGUGUCUUCUUCUUCUUUGGAUUCACAGGUCUGCUGAUUUGGUGGCAGCGGGUCUAUGUGUUCCCUAAGAAACCCAUCACCCUGAUGGAUGAGUGGAAGGCCCAGCAGCUCCAGCGCAUCCUGGACAUGAAGGGCAACCCCGUGCAAGGCCUGGCCUCCCAGUGGGACUAUGAAAGGAAGGAGUGGAAGAAGUGACGUGGCAUCCCAGCUGCUCGCGCUGCAGCUCUGCCCUGGCCCGGAGCCUAUGGAGGCCCCUCCCCGCCACUUAACCCCAAUAAAGCUGGCCUGCUCUCAUCUGC